UGAGCUGCAGAGUUGGCAUGCGCGCGGCGACGUGAUCGCGAUCAACGAUGGCCCCACAAGUGACUGACACCAUGGCCUGCAGAGCCCAGACACCGUGUCUGUAAGCAUCGCGACAACACCGCGUGCAACGGCUUCAAUCACGACGCUCGAGGGGCGGGAGCAGCGCAGAGUCAACGAUAGGCCGACGGGAGGCAAUUGUUCGCGCCCUAGUCGGCGGUAGGCAUUGCGCAUCGCGAGGCUGGGCAACUACAUGCAACGUGCUCAGGAGAUGAAUAGCGAGAUGAGCUUACGCGAGCAACUUCUCGCCGAGACGGCCAACAGCAAUGCCUCUGCACCAUAUCCUUCCAGCGCGUCCGCGGCUCAAGGCCCGAGCAAUCCGUAUCCUCCCUCCGAUCAUAGUGGCAGCCCACACGAGCAUCACCAGCUUGAUCCGAACGUGCAGUACUCGAUGAGUGGUGACCAUCAGAUGGGCGAGGGAGCCGGAAAGGGCAAGCGAGAGCUAUCCACGAGCAAGAGGGCCGCACAAAAUAGAGCUGCGCAGCGCGCCUUCCGACAACGCAAAGAAGGUUAUAUCAAGAAGCUCGAAGAACAGGUCAAGGACUACCAAAGUAUGGAGCACAACUAUAAGGCUCUACAGAACGAGAACUACCAGUUGCGCGAGUACAUCCUGACCCUGCAAUCGAAACUUCUGGAAAAUCAGGCCGAAUUCCCCCCUGCGCCGUCGCACGCCAACCUGUCGACGAGCGCAGCUCAACAAUACCCUUCUCGCGCAGAGUCAUCGUAUGCCUCGGAGGAGCAGCCGAGGCACGAGCAUGAGCAACGACCGCCGCCACCUGCACCUGUAGCCGCUUCCGAGGCACAGCGGCACGACGGAAUCGCGGCGCUUCAUCAAGCUGCUGUGGCACAGGAGGCACGACCGCAAUCGUCUCCCUAUGGCUUAGCGAGCGAGUAUCCAAGCAGGCAACCUGAGACUGCCGGAGGUAUUGAUUCGAAAUCGGGCUCGUAGUAUGAACCUAUGAUGGAGAAUCAUGAUAUCACGAGGCAGGAGAUGACAACGACUUCUUCCAUGCCGUGGUCCUGUCUAUCGCAGCCCUAAUCCAUACAUGGCACGCGGGCGACAUGCUUCUCACCGCGCAUGAGUAGCGCGCUAAUGGAGGUGGCAACUACGGACUGAAGCAUUAGUGCCGAUCGAUGGAAAGUGGCACGAGGGAAUGUGGCAGAUUCCAGCAAUCGCGUUUCGCUCUGCCACUUGGCCAAGAGUAGCAAGUGGUCCUGCUUACGAGCUCUACGAUUCCGUAAUUGGUGACUGGACGCCCGACUUCCCACCGAUCACUGGCAUGAGCGAAAGCUUGAUCAGCCGCAAGAGACGCAGGCCACGAGACUACAAGCUGCUGCCGGGCUGCUGUAGGCACAAUGAACAAGAGCUAUGUUGAGUGGCCAGUAAGUGAUCCUAAUAGAUGAAGCAUAGAUGACUCAGCAAAGAGCUGUAUACCAAUUACAAUGCAUCACAGUUGAGCACUUCAGCUCCGACGCUAUCCCUGCAGCAAGAGCAUAGUUCACCUGAGCCAGAAUCAAAAGAAUCGUUUCUCCCC